UAAAUGAAGCGGUGUUUGUACAAAAAUCGCGGAGAGGAGCAGCUACCUUUGGAUAAAUAAUUUUUUUAAAAGAAUAUUUAAAAAUCAAUAAAAAUAAUCAACAAAAAUGGCAGAUGAAGUUAAUCCAAAAGCAUAUCCUUUAGCAGAUGCCACUUUAACUGCUAAAAUUUUGAACUUAGUACAACAAGCAAUGAAUUAUCAGCAACUAAGAAAAGGAGCUAAUGAAGCGACAAAAACAUUAAAUCGUGGCUUGUCAGAAUUUAUUGUAAUGGCUGCAGAUGCCAAACCUUUGGAAAUUUUGUUACAUUUACCAUUGUUGUGCGAAGACAAAAAUGUCCCAUAUGUAUUUGUUAGAAGUAAACAAGCUUUAGGUCGUGCUUGUGGUGUAUCUAGACCUGUUGUUUCUUGUUCUGUGACAGUUAAUGAGGGUUCACAAUUAAAACCACAAAUUCAAGCCAUUCAACAAGAAAUUGAACGUCUAUUAGUUUGA